AUUUAUGGGCCCAUUGCCCAAAAAGCAGAUAUCCGGCCCAAAUCUUCAUCCUCUCUAGUUUACCCCUCCCCUGCCAAUUUGCUAAAACCCUGAUUCUUCAUCUGAAAAGGGUCUUCGGUUGUGGUUCUCGGACCUCAAAACCCAGACCCGUUAACCCGUUUACCCGCCAACCCGAAAACCAUAUUCCUCUCUUCUCUCUCUUCGUGGCCGCUUCUAUUCCUCUAACCAAAAACCUUUACCGAAUUUCAUGGCGUCGCCGUCACCGUUUCUUUUCCCAUCCAAACCCCCUCCUUUCUCUCUCUAGCACCCCCAUUCCACACACACACACACACACAUUCGAAUAUCUUGCAAACCACGUCUACAAAAAAAAAUUAUAUGGACAUGAGAAGAUUGGCAGCAGCAGCAGCUCACAAAUCCUCCUCCUCCGCCGCCGCCACCGCCGCGAUAUUCUUCCUUCCGAUCAGACGCCCGUUGACCGUCUCACCUCACCCAAUACACAAACCUAAAACCCCCAAAAAACCCUCACCGCAACCGAAUCUCGAGGCGGCGCCACCUGAUUCAUCGGCAGCAUUGGAUCAGACUCUCCGUUACAGGAAAAGCUUAGCUUCCGUUCUGUCCGGCUCAAAUUUCAAUUCAAAUCAGUGCAAAGAGUUGAUUUCCCAAAUUUCUCCCCGUCAAUUUGAUUCCAUAUUUUGGGAAAUCCAUAAUAAUAUCGAGCCUUCAACCGCAUUGAAGUUAUUCUACUUCGCCGGCGAUUAUUGCUCAUUCAGUUUCACGCUUAGAUCCUAUUGCAUUUUAUUCCACUUGUUAGUUUCGAAGAAUCUCGAUUCUGCAGCUCGGUUGCUCUUGAUUAGAUUAAUUGAUCGGAAGUUGCCCGUGAGUUUGAGGGACAAUGUCGUAAAUCUGCACAAUGAGAUCGCCAUUGUUUUGGCAGACACAUUUUCUGGCUCGGAGAAAUUUAGGAGUGGGAAUAGAGGGUUUGAUAUGUUGGUUCAUGUUUACGCCACCGAGUUUAAAAGUCUCGGAUUGGAUGCUGCAAUGGAUGUGUUUAGGCUCUUAGCUGGUCGAAGGUUAGUUCCGUCUUUCAAGACUUGCAACUUUUUAAUGAGCACGCUUGUGAAGGCGGACGAACACGAGAAAAGCUACGAGAUUUUUCUUAUUGUCUCGAGGGAAUCUUUGCCGGAUGUUUACUUAUACAGUACAGCGAUAAACGCGUUGUGCAAAGGGGGCAAGGUUGAUGAAGCUGCGAUGUUGUUUAAGGUAAUGGGGAAUUCGGGUGUUGCUCCAAAUGUUGUUACUUAUAAUAACCUUAUGAAUGGACUUUGCAAGAAAGGAAGUUUCGAAGAGGCUUUUCGCCUUAAGGAGAGAAUGUUGGAUAAUGGGGUGAAACCGACUCUUGUAACAUAUAGCUUGCUGAUUAAUGGUUUGAUGAAGCUAGAUAGAUACGACAAAGCUGAUUGUGUUUUGAAGGAGAUGUUGAAGAAGGGUUUUAUACCGAAUGUUGUUGUUUAUAAUACAUUGAUCGACGGGUACUGCAGGAUGAUGAAUGUGGCAGCUGCUUUGAAGCUAAAAGAUGGAAUGUUAUUAAAAGGUGUUGUUCCGAAUUCAGUUACUUAUAAUACUCUUAUUAACGGACUGUGCAAGGACGAUCGAAUUGAUUUAGCCGAGAAGUUCUUGAAUGAGAUGGUGAAAGGAAGUUUUAGUAUAAAUUUAGGUUCUAUGAAUUCCGUUAUUCACGGUCUAUGCAAAAAUUCAAGAUUCGAUUCAGCGUUGAGAUUCAUUGUCUUAAUGCUCGGUAAGAACUUAAGGCCUAACAAUGGGUUGCUCACGACUCUGAUAAGUGGGCUUUGUCGAAGCAAUAAUCAUUUACAAGCCCUUAAGCUACAUAAUAUGCUACAUGGUAAAGGAUUUGCUGUUAAUAUAGUCACCUCAAAUGCUCUUGUUUUCGGACUUUGUGAAGUGGGUAAAAUGCACGAGGCGAGAUUGCUUCUCGAGGGAAUGCUGGAAAGGGGUGUUCGAUUGGAUACUUUUACUUACAAUGCACUCAUAUACGGAUGUUGCAAAGAGGGCAAAAUCGAGGUUGGAUUUAAGCUCAAGGAAGAAAUGUCCGACAAAGGUAUUUCACCGGAUAUCGUGACUUACAACCUGCUGAUAAACGGCUUGUGCGAGAAGGGUAAAAUGGACGAAGCUCUGUUUCUUUGGCACGAGUGCCAAAGUAACGGUCUUGUUCUUGAUAUUCGCUCGUAUGGGGUUAUGAUAGGUGGGUUUUGCACUUCAGAGAAAGUCGAAGAAGCUAGGAAUUUCUUUAAUAUUUUGCUCGGAAAAAAUAUUUCGCCUAAUUCUGUUGUGUAUAACAUACUCAUUCGAGCGUACUUUAGUAUUGGAAAUGAGGUGGAGGCUCUUAAACUUUUUGAUGACAUGAAAAACAGAGGCGUCAAACCUACUCUUGCCACUUAUUCUUCCCUUAUACAUGGAUUGAGUAAUGCGGGCCGAUUAAACGACUCGAAAGUUUUGUUUGAUGAAAUGAGAAAAGAGGGUUUAAUGCCUGAUGUUGUGUGUUACACUGCUCUGAUAGGUGGCUACUGCAAAUUAGGCCACAUGGAUGAAGCGAGGAAUUUAUUACAGGAAAUGUCUUUGUUUAAUGUUAAGGCGAACAAGAUAACAUUUACGGUUAUAAUCCAUGGGUACUGCAAGAUGGGGAACACGAAAGAGGCGUAUGAGAUUCUUGAGGAAAUGAUAAACAAGGGAAUUAGUCCUGAUUCGGUGACUUAUAAUGUAUUGACGCACGGGUUUUGUAAGGAAGUGGAAGUGGGAGACGCGUUUAAUCUGUUGGAUCAAAUGUCGGAUAAUGGAAUACAGUUAGAUGAUGUUGCGCAUACUUCAUUGGUUCACUGGAUGUCCCAGCAAUCGAAGACGUAAAACGACUAACUCUUGUGUGGAUUUGGCAUUUGUUACGUCUGUCAGCUUUGUUGGGGGAGAACAUAUGCAGCUUUUGCUGAAGUUCUUGAUCAUCCAAUUAUAAAAUAGUCUUCUGAGGACAGUAUAUUCUUGACGUGUUCAGCCACCAGGAAUAUUCUACCGGAAGAUACCACAAGGGCGGGCCCACCAAGACCAAGAACAUUCUUCGAUAGCUUUAAUCCUGGAGAUGAAAGAUUCAUCCAAAGACGAUGGAUCAAUAGGACAAGAACGGGCCCGGAAGGUUCUAGAAGUUCCGGAGAACACAAUAUCGGUUUUCCCAUAGCUAUUUCGGACCAAGUUACGAGAAACUUGCACAAGCCAGUUGUAUGUAAUUUUGUGAUCUGGAUUUGUACAGGAAGUUGUUGGUCAAAUUGAGACAAGCUUAUUUCUUGAAGGGAGUGAUUGAGAUUGCAAAAUCUCGGGUUUUCGAGAUUUUGCAUUUUCGGAAAAUUUACCCACGAAAGGGUAGAAAUGUCCGAGGCAUUGUGCGAGGGAGUUCAAAUUUCAAGAAACUCGAAUUCGGUACAUAAGUCUUUUUCUUGAACUAAUAUUUUUCCCCCCAUAGUGCAAGUGGGAUUUUUGAAUCGAAUAUCCCCAUAAUAGAAUGGAAAUAGCAUAAGAUGCUCUCAUAUUAGAAGAAUUAUUUAUUUAUUUAUUUAUUUUUAUGUUUUAAAGGUAACGAAUCUGUGUUCAUAAAUAAUGAAUUUGUCUGAUUUUACCUUCUUACAUGACAUGUCAGAGCUUGUAUUGAUUGAUGAUGUUAUUCAUGGUGAUAGACAAAAGUUUAUUAUUGAAAUGUUCGCAAUUUUAUCUUC